AUGAAGUUCCACAUGGAGAAAACAGAAGCCUUUCUGAGGCUCUCUUCAGUUUUCCUCUUGGUUCUCACUGCGAUACUUGUAGGAGUUGAUCACCAGACCAAAUUUGUCUUCUUCAUUAGGAGGAAAGCUUCUUUCGACGAUGUCAAUGCCCUCCUGGUUCUGGUUUACGUCGAUGCUGUGGUUGCCGGAUAUAAUCUGCUUCGACUUUUUGGCGAGUGUUCAAUGUCAGCUGGUUUUAUCAAAGAAAGUCGAAAAGAGUCCAACGUAAAAAUGGCUUGGAUUUCUCUCUUGCUCGAUCAGGUAGCAGUAUAUGUGGCGUUUGGGGCAAACUCAGCUGCAUUUCAGGCUUCACUGUUAGCAAUUACAGGUGUACCAGAUUUUCAGUGGAUGAAGUUGUGCGACAAAUACACCAGAUUCUGCUUUCAAAUCGGUGGAGCUUUGUCUUGUGGAUACCUAGCAUGCCUCCUCAUGAUCUUCAUAUCCUUCAUCAGUGCCUUCAAUCUUUUUAGGCUUUACUCCCCCAAUAAACUAUUUCUCUUAAAGAGCAUAUCAGGGUGAGAAUCGUGAGAUCAAUUUCUGACUUUCUGCAUGCAUGUAAUUUGU